AUGCCGGGCGGUAGCGCCCAACAAUCCCGCCGCGCAGCUGGCCUGCAGAACACCGGCCCCGGCUCCGCUGUCUCGAGGUUCUGGCAGAGAUCGUAUGCCUCGGAGUACCUCGGGCUUGCCAUCCUCAUUGCUUUGUACAUGCUCAUCCAGUUCUUUGUGGAGCCUUUCCAUCGCAUGUUCUCCCUUGACAACCUCGCCAUCCAAUUUCCCCAUGCCGAAGUCGAGCGCGUCUCCGUUUCCUGGCUCUUCGCCUAUGCAGGAGGCGUCCCCCUCGCCGUCCUGAUCGUCUGGGCCCUCCUAUUCAGACCCGGCUCACAUAAGGUGCAUGUCACCAUACUUGGCUUCUUCAUAUCCCUGAUCCUGACCUCCUUCAUCACGGAUGUGGUCAAGAACGCCGUGGGCCGGCCUCGGCCUGAUCUGAUCGCGCGCUGCAAGCCUGAGAAAGGCACUCCCGCACACCAACUCGUCACAUUCGAGAUCUGCACCGAGCAAGACCAUCACACUCUGCACGACGGAUGGCGUUCAUUCCCCUCGGGCCACUCCAGCUUCGCCUUCUCCGGCCUCGGCUACCUUGCACUGUUCUUUGCUGGCCAGUGCCACGUCUUUCGGCCGCGUACCGAUCUCAGUCGCGUCCUGCUGGCCCUCGCCCCGCUGCUCGCCGCCGUCAUGAUCGCCAUAUCCCGCUGUGAGGAUUACAGGCACGAUGUGUAUGACGUGACGGUCGGGAGCUUGCUGGGAAUGGGCGUCGGCUGGUUCACGUACAGGCGGUACUACCCGGCCCUACGGAGCAAGAGGUGUGACACGCCGUACCCGAGCAAAGCAGAGCUGGCGGAUAUCAGGGGCUUCUCCAAGGCCAAGAAUGACGAGGAGGCGCGCAUCCAAAGCGCGGCCGAGUUCGAGCUAGAAGACAUGAGUAGCGAUGACGGUGGUGAGCGGUUGCCGUUGCACAAUAGUCGGGCACCGUGA